CUGUUGCCCUGCUCACCAAGGGUCCCUCUGUCGCUCUUUUCAUAGAUCUUCUCGACCGUCACCGCUGUCUCUCUCUUUUUUCCGUUUUCCGCCGUGUCGUGUCGUGUCGUGUCGUGUUGUCGCUGUCGUAUAGACGAGCUUUCUUUUGCCGUCGCUUCUGUCACUCUUUGGUUGAUUGUUUGUAUAACACAGCCUCUAUUCGUUCUGUUUGUUCGAAAUUUCGAAUCCCGAGCGUCGUACUCGCCCCUGCCGAGCGACCUCUUGUCUCUCUUUCUCGCUAAACCCGCUAUCACGACUUACACAUUCGUUUUCCUCGCGACGCCAUGAAGGUUACAGACGUUCAGGCCGCCUUCGCGUCGGCGGUUGUGCUUCUCUCGCUGCCCGCCAGUACAGUCGCCUCAUCCCAUCGCAGACUUCACCAACUUCCUAAUAAGAAACACACCCAUUUGCGCUCUCACACAGUAGAGGAUGCCAACUCCAUUGUCAAACGAGGACAAUGCGCGUUCCCGACUGACGAUCCUAACCUCGUUGCUGUCACACCCGAUGCACAGAAUGCUGGCUGGGCUAUGAGUCCAGAUCAGCCUUGUAAACCGGGUAGCUACUGUCCAAUUGCUUGUAAGCCAGGCAUGGUUAUGGCACAAUGGGAUCCCGAUUCUUCAUACACCUAUCCAGCUUCAAUGAACGGAGGACUGUUUUGCGAUAAUAGUGGCACAAUCCACAAGCCAUUUCCUAACAAGCCUUACUGCGUUGAGGGUACCGGUGCUGUCGUAGCUGUCAAUGAUUGUGGUGAAUCGAUGUCUUGGUGCCAGACAGUUUUGCCUGGUAACGAGGCGAUGCUUAUCCCAACUGAGGUCUCAUCUUCAGCAACCUUGGCUGUUCCCGAUACUAGCUACUGGUGUUCAACCGCCGCUCACUACUAUAUCAACCCUCCCGGAAGUACCGUUGCAGACUGUGUUUGGGGUACCUCAAGCAAGCCGGUUGGCAACUGGGCUCCCUACGUUGCCGGAGCUAACACCGAUUCCAAUGGCGAAACUUUUGUCAAGAUUGGCUGGAACCCUAUCUAUACAGGUUCCUCUUUGAUGAGCACCUUGCCCACCUUCGGCGUUAAGAUUGAAUGCCCUGACGGUGGCUGCAACGGGUUACCCUGUUCGAUCUCACCCAAUUCCUCCGGUAACGUCGACAGCAAUGAGUCUGCUGUUGGCGCUGGUGGCGCUUCAUUCUGUGUUGUCACUGUUCCAAAGGGCGGCACUGCUAACAUCGUGACCUUCAACACGGAUGGCAGCUCCGGCUCCGGCUCCGACUCUGGAUCCUCCUCAUCUGCCGAACCAAGCUCUACUGUUGCCGAGCUUAAGGCCGGUGGCUUUGCUGCCCAGGCAGAGAAGGCCACAUCGACUACCGCUGCUGCAUCAUCUACUGAGGCAUCCACCACCGCGCCAGCCUCAACAGAGGCAUCAACAACCGCGGCAGCUUCUUCCACAGCUGCAGAGUCGACGACGGCACAGAGUUCCGAGGCCACUACCGGCGCUACCUCGGGUGCGAGCGAGACCGAUGCUUCCACCACCACCAAGGCUUCGAAAACCGCGUCUUAUGCUCACGCCCGUCCGUCUGUGAACCCCGGCAUGUUCCACGAGAACGGCACAUCAUCACAGACCACAGCGGCGCCCUCUGGGCCUUCACAAACCCAGGGUGACUCUGCUCCGGUUACUACGACUACUAAGAAGGGUGAAGCUGGCCGCCAGCAAGGCAGCCCUGCUUUUGCAGGCCUGAUUGUUGCCUUUGUUGCCGCUGCUUGUUUCUUUUAAAGAAGAGAAAGAAGAAAAAAAAAAUAAUUGAUGGCAAAGUUGGCCUUGUUAAUUGUAUCUUUGGCAACCUUGUAUUUUCACAUCUAACUUCAGUGUCUAUGUCACAUUUUGUCAGCCGCAGCUUACAUAUUUUCUUUGUUCAUAUGCUGCUCUAGACUUUAUAUCACUUGACGCGAUUUUUCUUCUUCACCUUUUCUCUUUCGCUUCGCAUACUUGGGCUGUUUGAUUCCCCCUUUCCUCCC